AAAGCCUAAUUUUGCUUAAGAGUGGUUUUGUAUGGUAAACGUGUGGUAAUUUUGCCGGUAGCCGCAAAUUUAAAUUAAGUAGAUAUUUUUGAUUAUUUAAAAUCUGAAAUUUAUAUGCAUGUAAAAAGCAAAGUGGAAAGCAUUCUUCCAGCUUGUUAUUUUACGGGUCAUUAUAUAUGUAAUUUUAAUGUAAUAUAACUAUGUAUUUUGUAUUUUAUUUGUCCAUUAUGUACUUGUAUAACGAAAAUAGGGCCACAUUUCUGAUUUAGGUUAAUUCAUUUUAUUUUGCAUGUCCCUAACCUAGUUUCAUUUAUUUUCAUGUUUUGUUCACUCAGUCCGGAUGGUAGCUGCCUUAAUGAAAUGUCGAUCGCUCAGUCAAUCAUAUCGCAAGCUUUGCCUGCUUUGUCGCCGCGCCUUAACUUGACCUUCAGUCCUAAAACAUCUGACAGGACUAGACUGGUUGAUUCCCAAAGCUACCCUGAUAACAAAACCAAAGAAACACGCAGCAGCUUACAAGCUAAUCUAUCACAAUUAGAAGCUACUAUUAAUGCAAAUAAAUCACCAUUAAGAGACAAUGAAGCUAACGAAACGCAAACACCGAAAAAUGAGCCUAGAGUUCACAGUGAUAAGGUUCAAACUGUAGUAACUCCAAGCAAAUGGCCGCUCAAACCCGGUGUUUUAGUUCAUGUGAACUCAAAUCACACACUGAGCCCUAAAAAUCAAGCAAGAAUGGCUGCGAAUGUGUCCCAAAACAAUGAUAAAGAAGAAGAUGCUACUUUGGGAUUACUUGAAAGAAAUAGAGUAAAAAGUGAUGAAGAAAGAUCGCCAACAAAAUCUGAGUAUUCAAAAAAGAAUGGUAAACCAAGAAGAAAUACCCAAAAUGUAGUGACAGGAAUAUUCAAAAAUUUGAGAAGGAAGAGUGAUAAUGAUUCUGAUGAUGACAGUGGUAAAUAUAAGAAGAUAAAUAAGACUAAUAAAAGAGCUGUGUCUUUAGUUAAUUUGAAUAAGCCGGUUUACAGUUUACCAAAGAGCAGAAUACGAUCAUUUUUCCAAAGCGAAGCGCCAAAUGUCAUUGUUACUGAAGGAGGUAGUUGUCAGAUUAUUCUGAAUUCGUUUAUUUUAUUAAGUUUGAUCACAAAAUGA